CUCCUCACUCCACAUUUGAGCGUCGUUGCGCACGGUCCUCCUCCUCCUCCUCCUCCUCUUCCUCUUCUCCACUCAGCUCAUCUCAUCUCUCCAGGAGCUACUCUUUUGUUUCUUACCUCGUCCAAAAAAGGGGGGGAAACAAACACAGAAUCUGCGCUUUAGAGAUCACUUCAAGUUUAAAGCGGCUGCGUCAAGUUAGAUUCAAAUCCAAGCUUUGUUUGGCUCUGGGAUAAUCGUGCGGGAUCUGCGGCGGAUACACUGAUACUCCUGCGUGCGGACAGAGGAGCUCAAAGGAUUUGGGUGGAUGGUUUUAAAUGUUCACCAGCUCUGGCACAAUAUUCACCGGACGCAUCUAGGAGCUCCCGGACCCUCCUUCCCCCCCUGUUAACAAACAGAGGGACCAUGUUGUGGGACAAACUGUGCUGGCUGCUGGCCCUUCUGGCCUUGUCAUCCGCGGUGCUGACCUCCUCUAAUGAGCCCCUCUCCGCUCCGAGGAUCUUCCUGUCCUUCAAAGAGUUGAAGUCCACUGGCACUGCUCACCACUUCUCCUUUUUGCUGAACUCGACCGACUAUCGUAUCCUCCGCAUGGACGAGGACCACGACCGCAUGUAUGUGGGCAGCAAAGAUUACAUCCUCUCUCUGGAUCUGCACGACAUCAACAAGGAGCCACUCAUAAUCCACUGGCCUGUUGUCCCACAGAGGAAGACUGAAUGUGUUUUGUCGGGAAAAGACUCUAAUGGGGAAUGUGGAAACUUCAUCCGUCUGAUCGAGCCGUGGAACCGGACCCACCUGUAUGUGUGCGGGACAGGGGCGUACAACCCCAUCUGCACCUUCGUGGACCGAGGACGCAGGUCGCAGGGGUCCCACUUCCUACAGGCACCCCAAUCUGGAGGGAGAACAAGUCGGGCAGCAGACUUCAGCACUACAUCAGAGCACUUGGAGGCGAAGGAAUAUAUUUUCCGACUUGAACCUGGUAAAGUGGAUUCUGGUAAAGGAAAAUGUCCGUAUGACCCCAAACUGAACAGCGUCUCAGCUUUGAUCAAUGGAGAGCUGUACGCAGGAGUCUACAUCGAUUUCAUGGGAACAGACUCUGCUAUCUUCCGUACGCUGGGGAAGCAGACAGCCAUGAGGACUGAUCAGUACAACUCCAGAUGGUUGAACGACCCCACAUUCAUCCACGCACACCUCAUCCCAGACAGCGCAGAGAAGAAUGAUGACAAGCUCUACUUUUUCUUCCGCGAGAAAGCCUCCGAGAUGGGCCAGAGUCCCAUGACCCAGUCCAGGAUAGGGCGGAUCUGCCUGAAUGACGACGGUGGACACUGCUGCCUGGUCAACAAGUGGAGCACAUUUCUGAAGGCUCGACUCAUCUGCUCGGUGCCUGGACCGGAUGGCAUCGAGACGCACUUUGAUGAACUGAGGGAUGUGUAUAUCCAGCCAACUCAAGACACCAAGAAUCCUGUCAUCUACGGAGUCUUCUCAGUGUCGGGCGCCGUCUUUAAAGGCUCGGCGGUGUGCGUGUACUCCAUGGCCGACAUCCGCAUGGUGUUCAACGGGCCCUUCGCCCACAAGGAAGGGCCCAACUACCAGUGGGUGGCGUACUCGGGGAAGAUCCCCUACCCACGACCUGGCACUUGUCCUGGAGGCACCUUCACCCCUAACAUGAAAUCCACAAAGGAUUACCCAGAUGAGGUUAUCAACUUCAUGAGAAACCACCCCACCAUGCACAAUGCUAUAUACCCAGUGCACAAGCGCCCCCUGGUGGUCAGAACCAACGUGGAGUAUGAGUUCACCACAAUUGCCGUGGACCAAGUGGCAGCUGCUGACGGCAACUACGAGGUGCUCUUCCUGGGAACAGAUCGAGGGACAGUCCAGAAAGUUAUUGUCCUGCCAAGAGACGACUUGCAGACAGAGGAGCUGGUCUUGGAGGAAGUGGAGGUCUUUAAGGUUCCCACUCCAAUUACCACCAUGAAGAUUUCAUCCAAACGACAACAACUGUACGUGGGGUCAGUCCUGGGUGUGACCCACCUCGCGCUCCAUCGCUGCGACGUGUACGGCGAGGCCUGCGCUGACUGCUGUCUGGCCAGAGACCCGUACUGCGCCUGGGACGGCAAAUCCUGCUCGAGAUACUCUGCCUCACAGAAGAGAUCUGACCCCUUUAGACGGAGCCGACGACAGGAUGUAAAGUACGGCAACCCAAUCCGCCAGUGCAGAGGUUACAACUCCAAUGCAAACAAGAACACUCUGGAGACCGUUCAGUAUGGUGUGGAGGGCAGCACCACGUUUGUGGAGUGUCAGGCCCGGUCUCCUCAUAUGUCCCUGAAGUGGCACCUGCAGAAGGAAAACAGUGACAGAAGGAAAGAGAUUCGCUCCGAGGGCCGCACCCUGAAAACAGAGCAGGGCCUUCUAAUCCGCUCACUGCAGUCCUCUGACAGCGGCAUAUACCAGUGCACGUCCACGGAGAAAAACUUCAAGCACACGCUCGUCAAGCUGCAGCUCGUGGUCCUCUCCAGCCGCACGGUCAACAGCGUGCUGGUGGAGACGGGCAGCCCGGCGCUGCCCCCGCUCCAGUCCAGCGCCUGGACCCCGAGCGCUGGCCAGUACAAGGACCUGCUGACGAUUCUGAGCCAGCCGGAGAUGGGCCUCAUCAACCAGUACUGCCAGGAUUACUGGCAGCUCGGAGACGCCGGCCUCGGGGACAGCAAAGCCAAAAGCCUGAAGGAGCUGAAAGAACAGAAGAAGCCGCGCAACCGUCGGCAUCACGACGAGGAAACGACUCCGGCUGAGACAUGAGGAGCUGGACGAGGCACCCCGUCAUCCUCAAACCCCUCCCCGUCUACCACACAACCUCCGAAACACUGCAACCCUCCAUCUUAGGGAACUGAAAUCAUGUUGUCAUCAUGGACGAGACAGACACUGCAACCCAAAGCAACAGCAUCCAACAGUUUCUAUGUAACUGUUCAAAAAAUUCACAAUAUUUAUUGUAGGUUGUAAAAAGUAAUUCUUUGUACGUAUUUAGAAGACAUGUUUUUUGUGAAUAGGUCAAUCUGUGCAAAUAUUGUUGUUAUUAUAUUAUUGUUAGUGUUAUUUCUUUAUAACAAUGUGUUAUUAUGUUGAGAAUAUGUUUAUGUUUGGUGUUUUUGAGAAACAGCAACAGUAACCAAGGACGUUGGAAGUGUCCACACAAGGACGAGGACCGAUGGACGUGUAUUCAGAAACGGUUAAUGUUGGGAUCACAUGACUGCUGGCAGUAUUCAGUGUCUAAGCCGGAGGUGGAAUCAAGGAGUCACUGCUCUUCUUCCUGAAAUGUCUUCACCAGAACGCUCUACUGUGUAACAGACAGUUUUUUUUUAUUUUUAUGACUGCAAGAUACAAGCUAUUGACAGAAGGAUGAUGACAUUUCAUGGGACAUUUUCCGGAUAAAGAGAAAUGCCCACAGACUGCAGCUGUGUCACAGUCCUUCAGUCACUUGGUAAUGAACAGUCAUCUCCUCUCUAGACGAUGUGGUCCAGCCCCGGCCGAAAGCCACGACGUUAUUUCACUCAUCGCCCGAAUUCUUCCGAAAUCCGUUGCUGCCAAGUGUUUGUUUUGUUUCUAUGUGAAUAUCACAUCUCAAUGUUGUAUCCUUAACAAACGUGAUCUUCGUGAUAAGCUGUUUUUAUUUAGUUUUUUUGCGGGGGUGGGGGGGAAAGGGUCUUUUAACGACACAAAAGCUGAAAAUAUAACAUUGCCUUCUCUUUUCUCUCUGUUUCGAGAUAAGAAAUUCCAGCAGGCAGCUACGUGUGAGUUUGUGACAGUUUGUGAUUUAAAAAGAAAA